AUGAUGUACUCAACCCCCGCGCGCCAGCGGGUAUCACAAUCACGCGCUCCAUCAAGCGCUCAGUCUCGCACUCAGUCUCGAGCCUCCACAAGCACACAACAAAGACAGACAUUCGAAGAGAUUGAGAUCCCAGAACUACCCCCCUACGAAGCCUCCGAAGGCCCCCUCACAGGCGAAUCCAGCAGAAUGCUAGCAAAACUCCUCGAAGACCCUCAAUACAAGGCCCUCAAGACCCACAUAGAUCAUGCGAUCAUUCAACUCACCGAAUCAGCUGGUGAAGUCAACGAAAGACUAUGUGAUGCGCAGAUUCGCUGCGAGAGAGCCAAAGAAAAGCGAAGGAAUGAGAGUGCCGCUGAAGGCAAAGAAUACGAUUCCGACGAGUACGAAAAUGAGGAGACCGAGAGACUUGGUGCUCUUGAACGCAGUACCGGUGCAGUGACGGGACAAAUGGAUGAGAAGGUGCGAGGGAUGAUUGAUUUGGAGACUAAGCUGCAGCGGUGGGAUGAGUCUAUUAAACGGAUUUCGAAGGAAGAGGAGGAGGCACAGCGUGCAGCUUUGGGGCCGAGGAGGACAAGGAGACAAGCGAGGCAGGAGGUGGAUGGGGAGGACGGGAUGGAUGGGGAUGAUUCUGCGGAUGAAGAUUUUGAGGGGACUCCUUCGCGAGGGGCGGAGGGGCGAAGUGCUCGGGAAUCGGUAUCUCAAAAACUGAAAGAGAGUCUUGCGACUGAGGCUGAGAAUUGGAAGGAGCUGUCGUUGACUGACAGAUAUGCCAGCCACAAUUCUUACGUUGGGUUUUACCGUAUGGUGCACAAUGCCAAGUUCCCCAACGAGGAGGCUCCGCCAUUACCACACUCUUCUACUUGGUUUGAGCAUUUGGAAGGGUCACGCAAUGCAUCCGGGUCACGGAAUCAGUCUACGCGCAGUCGACGCAACCCCGAACCUGAACCCGAUGACGAUAUUGUUAUCCAGCGAGAGCGUAUCUCCCUGAAGUGUCCGCUUACAUUGUUGCCCUACCGAGAACCAGUCACCAGCGAGAAGUGUUCGCAUAGUUUCGAAAGUGAGGCUAUUCACAGUAUGAUUGCGGGCAGCUCGUUGACGAUUCCCGGUGGACCUGACCGCGGGACUCGGCGUAUACGUGCAGUCAAAUGUCCAGUCUGCUCGACUGUGUUCAGUGCGAAUGACCUGCGACCUGAUCCAGUUCUGCUACGUCGGGUGAAGCGCGCAGAGGAGCUGGCUGCACGGGAAGCCGAAGAUAAUAUGGAGGAACAUUCUCAUUCGGUGCGUCGACCCAACGAGGUUACCUUGGCAAGUGAUGCGAUUGAUAGUGACAUGGACGUGGACGUCGAUGUGGAUGUGGAUGAGGAAGAAGCGCCAGUCCCUAGUGCACGGGUCAAGAGUGAGCCCAUGGACAGAGCCAUGUCUACUGGUAGUGAGGAGACGGCGGACGAUGAGUCCGAUGAAUCAGAAGGGAAAGAAGAAUCAGAAGAAGAGUAG